UUUCCUCAUUCAGGAGUUUUUCCCGCUUUGUUCGGUCCCAAACUCCUUCAAAAGAUAGGUGUGCAUUUAUACCACUGACAGUUAGCAGAGAGAAUUCAAUCUGUGCUGUGCUCUAUACCAUCUUCCUUUGCAAUUAAACCGUCAGAAUUCCGAAUUCGAAGCUUCAGUGACCUCGACUGAAAAUCAGCUCUCCGCAUCCGUUCAAAAUGGUGAAAAACGUGAACUCGAUGUUGUUGUUGGUCUGCGUCACGUUUUUGGUGAUCGUUUCGUCCCCGCAGAACGCGGCCCAAGGAGAUGUCCUCAUCGGAAGUUGCGUCUUCGGUGGCGUGAACUACACAUCCGACUGCAAUGGAGAGUGCAAGAGACGAGGACAUAAAGGAGGCCAUUGUGGGAGCUUUUUGAAUGUUAAUUGCUGGUGCGAAUAAGCGUGAAAUUUAACCUGUCAAGAUAAUCUGAUGCAAUCCGACCUAUCGGAGUCUAGAGACGCUCCUUAAAUGGACGUAAUUCUGCCAAACGGAGCUAUGUGCAUUAAAACAUGAGCCCUGAGUCUCAUAAGGAUAUGUGCAUGACGGGGCUCACGUCAUGAAGCACAUAGUUUCGUUUGGCAGAAAUACGUCCAAUCAGUGAUAAAAAACAAUCUAUUUUGGUAAUUUUUCUAUAACUAGGGGCUAAGCCUCCUGACCACUUCGCAGUCCAGAUCCCCACUCCCCCCCCCCUCCCCGAAGCGCUGCGCGUCUCAGGCGUUAUGCGUUACACGUGUCUCUUAAAAUUUUAUAUUAUAGAGUAAGAUGAAUAGUAAGAUAAGUCAGUGCCCACCAGUGUAAUGAUUGAAAUGACUAUAAUUCCUGCUUGAUUGAAAGUUCACUGAAGUUUACAAGUAUUAUCAAUGUGAAUUGAAAUUUAUAGGCAUUUUAUAUUUUAUUAAUGUGCACCGUGUAUUCUUGAAGUACAAACCAUGAGACUGA